AUGGUCAUCAACCAUGUCCCGAACAUACCGGUGCAAAUACCAGCAUCGAAGCUGAUAGACAAGCACGAGUCAAUUAGCAUCAAAGAAGAAGACAUGGCACCUGAGUCUAUACGCCGAAGUCAUAAGUUGGAUUUUAACAUCACGCCGUUUCCUACAUGGUUGAGCCCAACAGCCGAGGAAUGUGAGGAGGUAGCCCGUCUACUGUCAAAUGAACACGGAGAUGUUAAAGCGCCUAAAGAAAUACCACCACCAUCAUUGACAGUAACUGGUUGUGGGGAAGUGCCAUGCGUUCUGGACGCCCUAAUCCGCACUUUUUUGAGCGGUGCAACAACCAGCACCAACGCAGCAAUGGCAUUUCAGGGUCUGGUUCAAAAGUUCGGUAUUCUCCAAGCUGGAGUGGGCAAGGGGAGCGUAGACUGGGACAAGGUGCGGCAAGCCUCGGUGAAGGAUAUCCGUGAUGCCAUAAGAAGCGGUGGCUUAGCUGAUACAAAGAGCAAACGCAUCAAAAAAAUAUUGGAAAUGGUGCAUGCAGAAAACAUAGAACGGCGGGAGAUAGGAAAGGCAGACAGUGGAAAUGAGGGUGUGCUGUCCCUGGACUAUAUGCAUGAUUUCACAAAAGACGAAGCAAUGCAACAUUUCAUUAAAUAUCCAGGGGUUGGAGUCAAAACUGCUGCAUGUGUGGUGCUCUUCUGCCUUCGACGGCCUUGCUUUGCCGUUGAUACCCACGUUUUUCGCCUUUCAAAAUGGCUUGGGUGGGUGCCGCCAGAGAAAGUCAAUGAGAUAGCGGCAUUCAGGCAUCUAGAGGCCCGAGUUCCCGAUCAUCUUAAGUAUUCGUUGCAUCAGCUGUUUCUAUUCCACGGGAAACAAUGUGGGAGAUGUAGGGCAGCAACAAGUGUGAAAAGUGAGGGCUGGGCAAAAGGCUGCGUUGUUGAGCAUUUGAUCUUACGCCGGGCUCUUAUUGCUGUGUUGACCUGGAUUGCAGUCCGAGUAGCCUACAGGUAUAUCCUUGCCCAGAAAGAGAGUCCCGUUGACUUUUCUGUCCCUUUACCCCCCGAAGUAUCUCCGGACUGGAGAGGCAAAUCAUGGAGUGAGGCCGAAGGUGCAGAUAGGGAACUUCUCGAGGCGCAGUCUUUUGGAAAAUUCGACACAUCUAAAAUCCUUAGCUACUGUCCUGCCGAUGGCCGGUUGCUCGGAAACGAGGAUGGCGUUAAACCAGCGUCACCGGGGGAGAUUGACUUGACGGUGCGGAGAGCCGUUGUUGCACACCUAAAAUUCAAAAAGACAACCUUUUCAGAGCGGCGAAAGGUGCUCAGGACGCUUCUAAAGUACAUUUUAGAGCAUCAAGAUGAGAUUGUCGCCGCCUGCUGUUUAGAUUCUGGCAAAACCAAGGUCGAUGCCUGUUUCGGUGAAAUCCUUGUUACCGUCGAAAAGCUAAAAUGGACUAUCGAUCAUGGAGAGAAGGCUCUUCGUACGGACUCUCGCCCCACGAAUCUAUUGAUGAUGUACAAAAAGAACACAGUUCGAUAUGAGCCCCUGGGAGUUGUCGCUGCAUGUGUGUCAUGGAAUUACCCCUUCCAUAAUUUCAUCUCCCCGGUUAUUAGUGCGAUCUUUGCUGGAAAUUCAAUUAUUGUGAAACCGUCAGAACAUACCGCCUGGUCAUCCUCCUUCUUUCAAAGCAUGAUCCGAGAGGCUAUUGUCAGCUGCGGCUAUUCGGAAUUUUUAGUACAGAGCCUUGUCUGUUUACCUCAACACGCCGAUGUCUUGACAUCUCAUCGCAAGAUUGACCACAUUAUUUUCAUUGGCUCGCGGCCGGUUGCGCAUGAGGUGUGCAAGUCAGCAGCUAAAGCUCUCACGCCGGUGACUGUUGAGCUGGGGGGAAAGGACCCUGUUGUUGUCCUUGACGACCCUUCUACCCUAAAGGACCUGCCCAAUAUCACAUCAAUUCUUAUGAGGGGGGUUUUUCAGUCGGCAGGCCAAAAUUGUGUUGGUGCAGAGCGAAUCAUUGCCCUUCCUCGCUCGUACAACAAAAUACUAGAGAUUAUCACACCUCGGAUCAAAGCUCUUCGGCUUGGGUCUGUACUCUUGGAUUCACGGAAUAUUGAGAAAGACUCUGGCCACGCGCUCCAUACACCAGAUGUCGGUGCUAUUAUCUCACAAAGAUCCUUUGAUCUCUUAGAGGCACUAAUUUCCGAAGCUGUUGGUCAGGGGGCAAAACUCAUUUGCGGUGGGAAACGAUAUAAUCAUCCUCUUUACCCACAUGGACACUACUUCACCCCGACACUUCUCGCCAAUGUCACCCGAGAGAUGCGAAUUGCGCAAAUGGAAUUGUUUGCGCCAGUAUUCCUGCUGAUGCGUGCCGCCGAUUUAGCAGAGGCAGUAACUAUUGCCAAUUCUACUGAAUACGCCCUUGGCUCCAGUGUUUUUGGGCAUCGGAAGCGGGACGUUGAAUACUGCGUCUCCAAUCUUAAUGCCGGAAUGGUCGCUGUGAAUGAUUUUGGAGCUUAUUAUGCGGUUGGCUUGCCAUUUGGCGGGUUGAAGGGCAGUGGAUACGGACGCUUUGGUGGUGCUGAGGGUCUACGCAACUUGAGUAAUCUCAAGGCCGUCUGCGAAGAUGGGUGGCCAUUCAUUCAAACCAAAAUUCCUCCAACCUUAGACUAUCCGAUACAGAAAGGCGAGAGCGCCAAAAAAGACGGCCGCGGAGCAUGGGAAAUGUGUAAGGGGGUAGUGGAGACCGGAUACCAUCCAUCACUCAACGGAAAGAUAAAUGGUGUAUGGAAGAUUCUUAAUAAUAUUUAA